AUGGCAGACCCCACCCCGCAUGGUCGCGGAGUCCAGAAACUUCCUUCCCUGCAGAAUGUUCGCAGUCCACUCUCGCCAGGCAGCGGUAGCGGAACCCCGAUCUCAUUCCAAACAAACGUGAAUCGCUCCAAAACAAAACGUUGGGUGGAAGCGAAGCAAUAUUCUUAUGAUGGAGGUGACUGGGGUAGCGAUGACGACGAAGAAGAAGAGGAGGAGGCGCCUCCCGCAGUACCUCGGCCUCCCUAUGCCACCCACAACACUGGCAGUUCGUCCGAGUUAUCCUCGAGGCGUUUGUCUGGGAUCGGAUUCGGAGCCGGUGAGUCGCAUCCGGCUGAUGCCCAGGGUAGGAACCUAAGUGGAGGAGACCAGAAGGCCCUACCUUUUGUGAGGCCGGCCGACCUCUAUAAACGCAUGCGCGAGGAGAAAGCGACACAGCAGUCUCCUAUCACUGGUAUCAAUGAUCCCAAGCCUGACGCGUUUGGAGCUCCGCCUCCAACAAACCAACAGGAACCUGAUUUGGGUCUACCGGAAGUCAAGCGCAUGUCUAGCUUUGGUACCGAUUUCUUGGGUGGUGCAGACUCCCACCCGCCACAGGAUAGCCCUGCAUCUCAGGAGUCCUCUUUGAACCAUAAAUCCUCGUCGGGAUUCCGAUCGGUAGUGAAUCAGGCCUUCGAUGUCCCAGAAACUCCGCAAUCCACUACCACUAGUUUCGCGCGGUCGAACAGCGAUGGUACUUCGACCAUCAGUCCUAUCAUGGGCUCUCGUACUAUGACUGAUGAAAGAACACCCACCAUUCUCGAGGAACCCAAUGAGUCAACCUCCCCGAAGGCAACUGCGAAUGCGGUCCCAGCGCUUAACCCUGGUCACCGCCGGGACCUGAGCCUUCCUAGUUCGGACAACAGUCCUUCGAAAAAGCCUCAAAUCACAGACCAGGACACUCCAACGGCGGGCCAUGCGGAAUUUUCCUCCAUUCCUCCACUUCAGAGUUUGUCACCAGAGUCGUCUGAUGCGGCAAUCUCUCCUCAGAACCCGAUGCAACCAUACGCGAACAAGGGGCAGGAUAUGCCCGCCCCUCUCAAAUUCGGAAGCGCAUCGGGCCCUGACGCCUUCCAUGGCGAAAUCCCCGCCAUCAUGGGAGCCGAAGAAUCGCCACAGAAUACCGACAACGAUCGCUUGAGGGAGGAGAUUAUCCGAUCAUUAAGUCGGGAAGCCACCCCCUCGGAAGACCCAGAGCCCAGCAAGCAAUCUCAGUCGCAGGCACCCGCUGAGUCCAUCGUUUCUGACAGCCGCCCAGACUGGAUUGGCCCGCCUCCUUUGCCGUCUAGGGACCCUUAUGCGAACAGCCAAGGCGCGACUGGCAACUCUUCAUCCACGGUCGGCGAUCAACCAAAGAAGCCCAAGUUAGAAAGACGGUUCUCAUGGGAAUCCUCUGACGAGGAAGAACCAGAGCCGCCUCAAAUGCCCGGGGGCUAUUCAUCGCCCCCUCCUUUGGCCACAUCGUUAUCUACGCAAGAGCCUGAGCCUAUACAUGAAACGCCUGUAAAUGAGGCGCCUGUACGUGAAGCGCCUGCACAUGAAGCGUCUGUACGUGAAGCGCCUGUACAUGAAGCGCCUGUACAUGAAGCGCCUGUACAUGAAGCGCCUGUACAUGAAGCGCCUGUACAUGAAGCGCCUGCUCCAUUGGUGUCGGAUGUGCCGCACGACUCGUUUACUUCUGAUGAGGAAGGGUCCGAUACCCAGCGUGCUGUGGCCAAGCCUCGACUUUCGAUUGUUCCACCUAUCCCGGAGAACACUACACCACCGGAGCAAGUUAUGGGACCAGGGGUUACGCCUCCCACACUACCUCCGCGAGCUCAAGUACCUUCUAACGCCGGCAGCUCAUCCCUCGAUCAGUCUCAGCUUUUAGGCUUCCGUGAUAUUCUCGGUAUCACAUCUAUCAACCAGCGUAUCAAGUCCUUCGAACACACCCGCGACCAGUUCGCCACCAUCGACACUGGUUUGAAUCAUUGGCUUCAGUUCAUGGUUCAUGAGCAUCCUGAGCAUGCCAGCGUGGUGCAACAGACCCAGAGUUUCUCCCCUACUGUGCCACCAUCAGAUGCCUCCCGCAGCAGAUUCCCCAAGUUAGGUGCUCUUGGGAGUCUCGGCUCCUUGAAUGACGGUACUCCGACUAGCUCCACUCAUAUCAGACGCCCAUCGGCCCAUCUAGGCACCGUGAUGAACAAGGAGAAAGUCGGAGAAAAAGGAAAGGAGCUGCUCCACACUGCGGGAGCGUUUAGUGGCAAGGCAACUGGGGCAGCCAAGGGGCUAUUUGCCAAGGGCAGAAGCAGGUUUCGACCCAGUGGAGGGUCUGAGAAGGUUCAGUCAACCCCAAAUGCUUCUCGCCGCAGCUUCCAGUUUUCCUUCCCUUCGGGGUCGGGUGAAGUGCCUGGUAACUCUUCUCAACGAAACUCUGUCAGCUUAGGCAGUCUUCCCAUCUUCAAAUCUGAGCGAACCGGGCCCAAAUCCGAUACUGAUCCACCGGUGAGUCUCUGUCUAGAUGGUCCAGAGUGUGAAAACAAUGCCGAUAAACGUGUCAAGGCGACCAACUCGGGGAACAACUCCCUGUCGCACAACCAUGUUGGCGGAACAACUGUGGAACUGCCAUCUUCCAACGGCAUCCCUCGUAAACCUGAAGUUCCAGGAAAGUCUGCCUUUGCUGGAGACCUCGAGCAGGAGAUGAUAGCUGCCCUUGGCCUUUCACCCACAGAUCCUCCUCAUCCUCAGAGGUCUGCAAGUACCCCGAUGGUGCCGGAUACAUUUAGCCAGGUACCUGGCAGCGAACGCCAAUUCACAGAGCCACUGCCACAACAAGAAAGCACGACUGGCGAUCAAUUUGACGCGAAAGCGCCAGCCAUCAAAGCCCCAGUCGCAGAAAAUAGCAUGCCGGUAAUUCCUGAUGAGCCUUUCCACGUCCCUUUGCCGGUUACGAACAACCAGAGGCAUCGGCUAAGCAAGUCUACACCGGAGAUUGUUAUUCCGUCAAUCCGUCCAGUGUUUGAUGAAAUCCCUCGGCCGCCUUCAUCUCCCCCUCCACCUCCUCCCAAGGAUAAUGAUUAUGGGCUUGCGCCUAAGCAGGAUCAUAGGCGCCAGCCCUCUAUCUCAACACUCGGGGCUGAUGAGCAAGCCGGGAGUACAUCUGAUGACGAACUCGACAGACAUCCGCCCUCUCCUAUGCAAGAAACAGCAAACGAGGCAGCACCCGAACGAUGGUGUAAUAACAAGGCUGAGCAUUCUGUGGAUAAAGCCCACGAUGACUCCCUGCCAUCUGCUCAAGAGAAAAGAAAGUCCUUCAUACCUUUCUAUCCGUCACCGUUCACAAGCUCUGCUGAGGUCCUCGAGUCGAAAAGAAAAUCCAUCAGUGGUCUACCUCCAUCUGCUCCAGACGUGCAUAGCCCCUUGAGGAAUGAAGUCAGAUACUCGCCGGGGACCCGAAGCAGUAUGCUGAGCUUUGGUAGCUUCGGAAAGCAGAGCGCCAACGGCAAAGGGACUCGCCCGUCUACGCCUGCUAAUGAUCUUCAACCUUCGGAAUCUGGAUCGCCUGCGGAGAAUGGAGAUUCUGCUAUUGGGAAACUCAAGAACUUUGGGAGACGACGACGCGCUUCGGUGGGAGAUCUCCUUUCUGGUAUUCAACUGCAACAGCCUCAGGGGCCCCCGGAAGGCCAGCGAAAACGAGCACUCAGCAGAAUUAGUGGACUGUUUGGCCGACAAGGCUCUCAAGACACUGAGAGAAAAUCGACCGACCACGCCAGAACUACCUCGGAACAGCUACAGGACCAAUAUCUGUCAGCACCCUCGUCGACAAAUGGAAAUUUAAAUACUAGUUUCGCUUCACAUGAUGAACCAUCAGUCCUCAGCGAUCCGUUUGAACAGAAGCCUUUGCCAACUCAGCCUCCCAAGCCUACGGCACCUCCUCCACCACCACCACCACCACCGAGCGAUGCAAACCUUCUACCCCGCGAUAAUUGCCAACGUGCCGGUAUCUCACUUCCAACCAGUUUGUCAUCUAACUCCCUGGCGACUGGUCGGUUUUACUCGCAAUUUCAGUCUGGAUCCACGAAUGAAACCCCCACCAGCUCUCGCCAUGCUAGCACGCUCAGUCAGCCUCCCCCAGGUCAUUCCCGGUCACCAUCUCCCAUGUCAUUGCACGAGAAUCGAGCUGCACUUGCACUGUCACCGCUAGGGGAGCUAGAAGACCAUCGGAUACAGCAACUGCAGGCAGAGGGGCAGCGCAAGCAAGAACCCCUGCAAGACCAAACCCUGCAACUAGGCACCUUGAGCGAGAAUCAGGAACAAGAGAAGCACGAGGAACAUAAGGAUAGUUUGCAUGGGGAGCGCCUUCGACACGAACUAUAUGGGGAGAUACUCGAGGCUCCGACUAACAACCAAAACCACCCGGGCCAGCAAUACGAAUUACAAGGCGAUCUCAAACAACAAAGUCUGGCUCCUCAGCUCAGCAUUCGAUCACGAAAGCCAGUGUUUUCAGACACGAUAUCCCCAGCCUCGGAGAACCAUGCACCACGUUAUACCGCCGUCUCAAAUGCUCCCGUGAUAUCCACGCAUCCUCAUCGCAGUGAAGACAAGGCCCGUGUAGUCAAUGACUCGCCUCGGCCGGUGGAACUUGCCAUCACCGCGGACGACUCCAGCGAGGAGAUCGUCAUGUCCCCCACGUCCUACCCCGGACAGGAGUGGACGCCCAUGCAUUUGUAG